AUGCCGCAAGACAAAGCAAAACCAAGCAUUUUGCUGCAGUUUAAGCUUCCAAAGCUGGCUCAGCGGUUUCUGCGGAGCUCUCCUGCUCUAAACAGCAUGAAGUUGUCUCCUCACGUAGCCCUUUCUUGUCACACAAACACUGGGGGCCGUUAUCAGAACACCAAAGCAAACGCCCGCGCUGGCAGCGAGACAAACUUCUGCAGGGCCAUGCCCGGCAUCCACCCAUCCUGCGGAGCGGCGGCAGCAGCGGAGCGCCCUACGAGGGAAGGAGAGCCCAUUUACCUGGCAGUGAAGGGAGUAGUAUUUGAUGUUACUUCUGGAAAAGAGUUUUAUGGAAAAGGAGCCCCAUAUAAUGCCUUGGCUGGAAAAGACUCCACACGAGGGGUUGCAAAGAUGUCUCUGGAUCCAGCGGAUCUUACUCAUGACAUAACAGGACUCACAGAAGAGGAACUGAAGUCCCUGGAUGAUACCUUCAAUAAUGUUUACAAGGCCAAAUAUCCAAUUGUCGGCUAUACGUCUCGCAGAAUCCUGAAUGAGGACGGCAGCCCCAAUCUAGACUUUAAACCUGAAGAUCAGCCCCAUUUCAUCAUUACAGAUGAGUUUUGA